CUGCGCGGUGAUACUGACCUUCAGUCAGCCGGCUGCAGCGCCAUGGCGCCCUCCAGGAAGUUCUUCGUUGGGGGGAAUUGGAAGAUGAACGGGAGGAAGAAGUGUCUAGGGGAGCUCAUCGGCACUCUGAACGCGGCCAAGUUGCCGGCUGACAUCGAGGUGGUUUGUGCUCCGCCCACUGCCUACAUUGACUUCGCCAGGCAGAAGCUGGAUCCCAAGAUUGCUGUGGCUGCGCAGAAUUGCUACAAAGUGACUAACGGGGCCUUUACUGGGGAGAUCAGCCCUGGGAUGAUCAAAGACUGUGGAGCCACGUGGGUAGUCCUGGGACACUCGGAGAGAAGGCAUGUCUUUGGGGAGUCAGAUGAGCUGAUUGGGCAGAAAGUGGCCCAUGCCCUGGCAGAGGGGCUGGGAGUAAUCGCCUGCAUUGGGGAGAAGCUAGAUGAGAGGGAAGCUGGCAUCACCGAGAAGGUCGUUUUCGAGCAAACCAAGGUCAUCGCAGAUAAUGUGAAGGACUGGAACAAGGUUGUCCUGGCCUAUGAGCCUGUGUGGGCCAUUGGGACCGGCAAGACUGCAACGCCUCAACAGGCCCAGGAAGUACAUGAAAAGCUCCGGGGAUGGCUGAAAUCCAACAUUUCAGAUGCAGUGGCCCAAAGCACCCGCAUCAUUUAUGGAGGUUCUGUGACUGGGGCAACCUGCAAGGAGCUGGCAAGCCAGCCUGAUGUGGAUGGCUUCCUCGUGGGUGGUGCUUCCCUCAAGCCCGAAUUCGUGGACAUCAUCAACGCCAAACAAUAAGCCCUGUCAGUCUCCCCUGCCAUUCCAGCUAAGCCAGGGACUAGGUAGCACAGAAGCCAAAUUGCCCCAUCCACCCCUGUACAAGCUUCUGGUGGUGUCACCUGCCCCCUCUGUGGCCUAAUCCAAACUGCGCCUUCCUUCGCCCUUGACACCUUACCCUGGACUGGUUGGGACAGGCCAGUCCCUUUCACAUUGCUGUACUGGUUGGAGCUAGAAGCCACUAACGUGGCUUCUUGGCUGACAGGUGGAAGGGGUGGGUGGUGUUUACUCGCAGGUCCCCUCAGUCCCCAGUGAGGGCAGGAAGAGAGAAGCUAUCCUCUCCCACCUCACACCAUGAGGCCACAGGCUGAGAGUUAACCCUGUCAUCCCCACGAGGCCAGAGUGCUGCCCUCACGCCGCCGUACCAGCAGCUGUGUUGUGUCUGUCAGCAGCCCCUCGGGUGGGGGAAAUAAACACCUGGCACUGAG